CAUUAUCAUUAUCAUGUCCUUUCACUACUGUUACACCUGUACAGGAAAACAAUCAAAACUGGCAUAGACAAGGUUCAGCUUUGCUCCAUUGCAGAAAGAAAGAGAGAGAUAUAUAAAAUGGCGACUUUGAAUGUCUUAUUAUCUCAACCAUGUCAGGCUACAACUUUGCCCUCUUUCUAUUGUUCUAGUACUAUUACUAACAAUCAUGCCUCUGACAAUUGUAAACUGCAUUUGUGUUCAAACUCUCGUAACUCCCCUCUCCUUUCUUCCCAAUCAAACAGUUCUCAGUUCUCUAAAACCCUUACCCACUCCUCAAAAUCAGGCAGUGGAAGCUCAUGGCUGCAACAUGAUUACACUACAACUAGUAUUGCUACUAGUAAUGAGUACGGAGAGGGUCCUUUAAAUUCGGUAUUCCCUGCAAAAUCUGCUCAAGUUUCCUCUGUGGAGGAUCUUUAUGAAUUUAUUUGCUCAGGACCUUUGCUAAACAAAAUUGGUUUGACACAAGAGAAGGUGGCAGAGUCCAUAGAUAAGUGGCUAUCAUACGGUCGGUAUCUAUGCCAAUUGUUUCAGCUUAAUGAAUUGUUUUUAACAGUGCCUCAAAAGAUUCGGGUCUAUCACUACUAUAUACCAGUCUUCCUCUGGUGUGAGGAUCAGGUUGUUCAGCACCAAGCCAUGGCAAAGAAUAAAGAAGAUACACCCCCUUUAGUGAUUGGAUUUAGUGCUCCCCAAGGCUGUGGAAAGACAACCCUUGUCUAUGCUCUUGAUUAUCUUUUCAGGGUAACUGGGAGGAAGUCAGCAACAAUAUCCAUAGAUGAUUUUUAUUUGACAGCAGAAGGUCAGAGUAAACUGAGAGAAGCUAAUCCAGGAAAUGCACUUCUUGAGUUUCGUGGAAAUGCAGGAAGUCAUGAUCUUGCUUUAUCUGUUGAAACUCUCACAGCUCUAGCAAAAUUGACAUCACCAGGUAUGAAGAUGAAGCUACCAAGAUAUGAUAAAUCUGCAUUUAAUGGAAGAGGUGAUCGUGAUGACCCUUCAAAUUGGCCAGAAAUUGAAGGACCCCUUAAUGUUGUGUUAUUUGAAGGCUGGAUGCUAGGUUUCAAGCCCGUUCCAAUGGAAGUUGUAAAGGCUGUUGAUCCCCAGCUAGAAACUGUGAAUAAAAACCUUGAAGCUUACUAUGAUUCAUGGGACAAAUUCAUAAAGUCAUGGAUAGUCAUCAAGAUUAAAGACCCAGAUUGUGUCUACAAUUGGCGUUUGCAGGCAGAGAUUGCCAUGAGGGAAGCAGGCAACCCUGGAAUGUCUGAUGAGGAGGUGAGAGAUUUUGUUUCUCGGUACCUGCCAGCAUACAACGCUUACCUUCCUACACUUUACUCUGAGGGUCCAAAUGGGUCAGAUCCACACCAUCUGCUAACCAUUGAGAUAGAUGAAGGCAGAAACCCCAUCUUGGGUGACUAAGAGUACUAAAUUAAGUUUGAUCAGCAGAGGAGAUAAAUUAAGCUAUGUUUAUCAUUUUCCUUGAAAUGUGUUGUAAAUAUUUUCAUUUAAUACAUGAAUUACAGCUAUUACUUUCUUGUUUUCCUUGAGAAAAAAGUGAAGAAAGUAAUGGUAGAAGUGCUCAAUACCUGAAGAUUACUACUAGUCUACUAGUAAUUGAUAAUGGCAUUCUUUUACAAUCCCAAACAGUUAUCAAGUAAUUUUGAGUAA